GGAUUGACGAGCAGUGCCAAAAUGUUGGAACCGGAAGUAGGAGCCAAGAUCGUCAAUCUGCGACGAGGCACCAGUUUGAGAAUACCGUCGAUGAGCGACCCUACCGAAGAGAGCGAGCUAGGUCUGUGUCGUAGCAGUUCCUUGAAGAUUUCACGGACCAACGAUGCCGACCGCGUCGUCGCGCGAAAUGGAGCGCCUCUGACGAACGCGGGAUCGUCGCCGUCGUCAGCGUCAUCAGCGUCGUCCUCGUCGUCGUCAUCGUCGGUUGCGUUGUCGGAUAGAUGCGCGAGCUGCGGCGUCAACAGAUCGUUCCGGUCCGCCAGGCGUCACGCACCAGCGGGUGAUGCACCUGCGCCGGAGUAUCUCGCCAGGAGUCUCCUGCAACUCGGAUGUCCUGCCGUGUCGAUGCCAACACCUCGUGGCGGUGUCGGAUCGGAGCAACCGCCGAGCAGCGACAGCGAUGAUUACACCACCGCCCAUCACCAGGGCGCAGGUUAUGGACAGAACCUGGACGCUUACACCGUGCCCACGGUCCAGGUAUCGGGCCCACCUAACGCCGAUGAACCCGCUUCCGUCAUCAAUGGGUCUGCGGGGUCCAUAGGCGCGCGGUCGGCACCCAGCACACCCCUACAAGCUGUCCCCGAUGCGUCGCAGGCCGCGGGCCAGCAAUCGACCAGCGGGUCCCAACUCACCGUGGCCGGCGCCAGCUGUCCUCAGCCUCCGAGGAGCCCCAGUCACGCGGCCUUGCGAUGUAACGACAGUCACCUUUCGAAGCCGUUGAGUAGGAGUACACCAUCGAUGGCAGCUGGCGGCGCGCAGACUCCAGCAAAGGUUAGCAGAUCCUCGUCGAGGUCGUCGCCGACGUCCACUAGCAGUGCGAGACAGAAAAAGUUUCACAGGCAUUUCAGUCAGCCUUCGAAAUCUCGUUUUCAGGUAGCGGAUGACGAGCACGUGCUCAAUUAUUACAGCUGCGCGUUGGUGGGCGACAUCCUGCUGCAAGGUCACUUGUACAUCACGCCCAACUACUUUGCCUUCUACAGCAACGUGUUCGGUUACGUGACGAAGCUGCUGAUACCGACGGCGUCGGUGCUGAAGAUCAGCAAGGAGAAGACCGCGCGCAUUAUACCGAACGCGGUGGCGGUGACCACCGAGGAAGAGCGACAUGUCUUUUGCUCGUUGCUGUCGCGCGACUCGACCUACAAGCUGAUGAAGCAGGUCUGGGACGCGGCGUUGGAACCGCGCGCCACGCCGGACGCGUUGCCGGCGCUCGACAACGACACCAAGUUAUUAGCGCCGCUCGUCGAUGAUUCCGAGGUGAACGCCGCGGAGGAUGAGUCGAGCAUGUCUGAGAGUGGCACCGACGUCACGGCGACGACUUCUUCCAGACCACCGACCGUCUGCGUCGACAACACCGACGUAGCAACCGUGGCGCUCAACAGGCCGAGUUUGCCGCCCGCCAGAUUUGAGACAAUGGUAUUAACGAAGACACUGAUGCCCAACAGAUCCGGUAGAUUGAGAUUUCUUCUUACCAACGGAUUGAAACCUGGCAUGGUGAUAGCGAUAUUGGUGGGUCUCUUGGCAAUUCUCUAUGUAUCGGCGGCUCUAAUGAUGAUGCGCAUCGAUAGGCUACACACCGCUUAUCUUAACCAUCCUCUCGUCUCGCCUGAACGUUUCACGCAGGAUCGACUAUUGCAUUAUCUUAACACGAAUCUGGAUCAGAUUGUGAAGGUAAAAUAUUAUCCCGCGUGUAUCUCUACUCUCUCGGAAUAAUGAAGUACAAAUUCGUAUCAAAUGAUUGUGAGGAG